GAUAGUUUAUCCUCAUAGCUGUGCAAUUUUAUGGUAGAUGUGGAGCGCUUACGAGGCGAUGCUGAAGGUCGUUGAAGUGUGGACGUUGUCAGAAAUUGGUACGUACCGGUGCAUGCCUUACUCAUCAGUGAGGGGAGGUUUGCUCGGAGCUACCCCGCCACACGAUGGCUCAGCUCCCAUGCAGCGAGGGGACGACUCCAUCAUGCCACCAUGACGGAUAAGAGUGCACAACAGGCAGAGAGCGAUUAUUUCGCCAACGAGCCGCCGCCAAAAGACCUCAAAACGAACACGACUCUUGCGCGCGAAUUCAUCACGCGACAUGCCGAUGAGGGUCGUCGCGUCGUCCUAGUCACUUCGGGUGGCACCACUGUACCUCUAGAACAGCAGACAGUCCGCUACAUCGACAACUUCUCUGCCGGUACGCGAGGAGCCACCAGCGCCGAAUACUUUCUCCAAAAUGGCUAUGCCGUCAUCUUCCUGCACCGCCAAUUCUCGCUCCUGCCCUUUUCGCGGCAUUACUCGCACAACACGCGCUCGUUCCUCGAUUACAUGAAGGAGGAGAACGGACAAGUAGUGGUGAAUCAAGAGCACCAGGAUCAGAUGCUGCGCGUGCUGCGGCAGUACACCGAGGUGAAGCGAGAGAACAAGCUAUUGAUCUUGUCCUACGUGACUAUCACCGAGUACCUGUGGAAUCUGCGCGAGGUUGCGCAGCUCAUGCGUCCACUUGGGCCGAAAGCCAUGUUCUACUUGGCUGCCGCUGUGUCCGACUUUUUCGUACCACAGGACCGCAUGGUUGAGCACAAGAUACAGUCAAAUGAAGAGUUUCACCAGACCGCGGAUGGAACUCGUGGGGGCGAUGUAAAGCCACCAGCCGCGCGCACCGAGGGCAAGAGCUUGAUCAUUGAUCUCGAACCUGUUCCCAAAUUUCUCAAACAGCUCGUUGAUGGCUGGGCGCCCGACGCCAUGAUCGUAAGCUUCAAGCUGGAGACUGAUCCUUCCCUACUGGUCACCAAAGCCAAAUACGCGCUGAACAAAUACUCGCAUCAUCUCGUCAUCGGAAAUUUGCUGCUCACCCGAAAAUGGGAAGUCGUGUUCGUGUCAGUCCUAGAUGGUGAGAAAUGGAUACGCGUACCUACUAGCCGCAGAACGAAGAGUUUGUCGGGCAUGCCUUCGCUCGUCGGAUUAGCUGAUCAGAAGACAAGGAGGGAUGCUCAGGCGACCGAGUCUAUCGCAACAGAGAAAGGGAUACCGCAGGGCGAGCCAUCGUUGGAAAUCGAAUCUCUCAUCAUCCCUGAGAUCGAGAAGAUGCACACCAAACUCAUAGAGCAAUCCCAAGCAAAAGCUCGAGCUACAUAGCAAUCUCACAUGCAUAAAGAGUAAGCUUCGUACUGCAUCAACCACAGCAUAUGUUCCGAUACGCUUUAAUGCAUUGCACGGCUUCUUCCACGUGCUGACUAGGCUUUUACCACACAUUACUUUGGUGUCCACGCGUUGC